UCAUGAUCGUGGACGUGAUGAGCUUCUACCUUCCCGUGAGCAGCGGCACCCGCGUCGGCUUCAAAAUCAGUACGCUGCUGGGUUACACCCUCUUCAGAGUCAACCUGAUGGACGAGCUGCCCGCCACUGCCGUCACGACCCCGCUCAUAGGCAGGAAAUGGAUUAUUUUGCGAUCUCCGGUUGUUGCUCGCAUUGACCUCAUGGUAAAAAAUCUGAUCGUGAUUAAAAGGAGUGUUCUUCGUCGUGUGCAUGGCGCUACUCAUGCUCAGCCUGAUCACGUCCAUCCUGGUGGUGAAACUGCUCCACCACAGCAAAAAAGAGGUCCGGGAAAUGUCCGUGUCGGCCUGCCUGCUGGACAAGUACGGCCUGGCAGAGAGCGCCAUGACCUCCACGAGAACCUUGGACCGACUCAACCAUUCUGAAGAUUUCGAGUUUGAGGCCUCGCUGGAAGAGGACCUGGAAUCGCUGAUCGACAUUCAGGAAAAUCCUUCUAGCCUGGAGUGGCUCCUGAGGGAGCUGGUUUCCAUCCGUCUGGCCUUUUCCCAGGAGGACACAGAGUCUGCGGCUCAGGCUGAAUGGCUGGCACUCUGCUCAAAGCUCGACUGCUUCCUCUUCCGCCUCUACCUGAUUGUUCUGGCUGUGUAUGCCGGGACCCUGCUGCUGUUCUGGGCCAGCUGGAGCUUCGCCUGAUGACACACUGGGUGCCUUGGCUUUUCCGUAACGCUCUUCUUAUUUGCUAUUUUAGUGAGAUUCUUCAUGCUACAAAAUAUCCGUACCCGAAAUAGCGUUUGAAUACUCGUACAAGAUUAGAAAACAGCAGAACUGAUUUUCUAAUGGCUACUUAUCGCAAGAAGUGAAAAGAACAGAACUACUUUGUGUUACUAAAUAAAACAUUACUGUCAUUGUCAA